GGACAGGGACACGGGAGCAGCCGCUCCAGUGUGGCCCCGAGCAGUCGCGGCGCCCUGGGCACCCCGUUGUGGGGUCACCCCGCUCCUUCCUGGGGUCCCCAGGCCCAGCCACUGUGGGGACGCUGCCCCUGGGAACCCCCACGCCCACGCCUGCCCGGCUAGGGGACACGGGGGCACCGGCUGCCAGUGCUCACACGGGGCAGGUGUGUCCCCACGCCUGUCCCCACAGGGUCAUCGGGGUCCCCGUGGGCCCAUGGGGUCCAGGUCACUCCACAGGGCCAUCGAGGUGCCGGUGUCUGUGUGUGGGGGGGGCUGUCCCCACGGCAGCAUCCCCACGGGGUGGCUGUGUCGCUGUGGGGUGUGUCACCACGGUUCUAUUGGGGUACGUGUCACUACGGGGUGUGUGUCACCGUGGGGCCGUCGCACUGACUGCGUCCCCACUGGGGUGCCUGUGUCCCCACCAAGGUGCGCAUGUCCGUGCGGGCUCGCGGGGGUCCCUGCGUGGAUGCGCAUGUCACCGUGGGGACACUGGGGCACACGUGUCCUCGCAGGGGUCACCGGGACCCUUGCCAGGGCGCAUGUCUCGAGGGGGCCAGUUUGUCCCCACAGAUGCCCUGGGGCUAUGCUGGGUUGCGCAGAGGGCCUGCAUGUGGGGGGGGUUCCCUGGGCCGCCAUACCCCAGCACAGGGGUCCCCUCGCUGGCCCUCGGCCCCCCCGGCUGUUUACGCCGCCCAGGCUAUUUUUGGGAGCCCCAGCCCGCGGGUAUUUUUGGCCACCCGGUGCGGGGCACGUGGGGGAAGGGCCGCGGCGGUGUCACCAGCAGGCAAUGGCUGGGGACACCCGAUCCCGGGGGACACGGUGGCUCUGUCCCCAACGGCGAGUUGCACGAGGCCGGGGGUCAGUGCAGGGACAGCGUGUCCAGCGGUGCCCGGGUCUCUGCCGGCCGCGGCCGCGUCCCUCCUGCUGAAUCACCGCCGCGGGGCCCCGGGGCUCCCUCGUGCCCGCAGCCUCGCCACACCGGCCCCGGUGCCGUGAGUCAGGCCCCGGCAGCGCCGCGGCGGGGUGGGGCCGGACGGCAUCACCUGCGCCCGCCGGCCUGGCUGGGCACUGGUGCUGGCCACGGGAGGGGACACUGGUGGCCUGUGGGGCUGCGGGAGCACUGACCGGCAGCGGCGGCGUGGCGGGCGAUGGCGGCGCAGGGGGAGUACCGGCGCCUGGAGGACUUCGAGGAGGACUCACCCCCCGGCGAGGAAGAGCUGCUGGUGCAUGUCACCGAGGGGCUGCAAGACUCCUGGCACCACAUCAAGAACCUGGAUAAUUUCUUCACCAAGAUCUACCACUUCCACCAGAAGAACGGCUUCGCCUGCAUGAUGCUCUCCGACCUCUUCGAGCUGGUGCAGUUCCUGUUCGUCGUCACCUUCACCACCUUCCUGCUGUGCUGCGUGGAGUACGACGUCCUCUUCGCCAACCGGCCGCUCAACCACAGCCACGCCGGAGGGGCGGCCCCCGACCGCAGCAAGGUGACGCUGCCCGACGCCGUCCUGCCCGCCCCGCAGUGCGCCCGGAGGAUCCGGGCCAGCGGCUGGAUCAUCUUCCUGCUGGUGAUGGCGGCCGUCUUCUGGCUGUACCGGCUGGUGAAGGUGCUCUGCAGCCUGCUCAGCUACUGGGAGAUCCGCACCUUCUACAUCAAAGCCCUUAACAUCCCCUCGGAGGGGCUGUGCAACUACAGCUGGCAGGAGGUGCAGGCGCGGCUGAUCUCGCUGCAGCGCCGGCAGCAGAUGUGCGUGCACAAGAGGGAGCUGACGGAGCUGGACAUCUACCACCGCAUCCUGCGCUUCAAGAACUACAUGGUGGCCAUGGUCAACAAGUCGCUGCUGCCCGUGCGCUUCCGCUUGCCGCUGCUGGGCUCCGUCGUCUUCCUCACCCAGGGCCUCAAGUACAACCUGGAGCUGCUCCUCUUCUGGGGCCCCGGCUCCCUCUUCCAGAACAAGUGGAGCCUGCGGCCGCAGUGCAAGCGGGCGGGCGCCCGGCGGGAGCUGGCGCGGCGCCUGGCGCGCACCAUGGUGCUGCUGGGGCUGGCCAACCUGCUGCUCUGCCCCUGCGUGCUGGUCUGGCAGCUCCUCUACGCCUUCUUCAGCUACGCCGAGGUGAUCAAGCGGGAGCCGGGCAGCCUGGGCGCCCGCCGCUGGUCCCUCUACGGCCGCCACUACCUGCGCCACUUCAACGAGCUCAACCACGAGCUGCAGGCACGGCUGAGCCGCGGCUACAAGCCGGCCACCAAGUACAUGAACUCCUUCACCAGCCCCCUGCUCACCGUGCUGGCCAAGAACGUCGGCUUCUUCGCCGGCUCCAUCCUGGCUGUGCUCAUCGUCCUGACCGUCUACGACGAGGACGUGCUGACGGUGCAGCACAUCCUCACCGCCAUCACGCUGCUGGGGCUGGUGGUCACCGUGGCCAGGUCCUUCAUCCCCGACGAGCACACGGUGUGGUGUCCGGAGCAGCUGCUGCAGCGUGUCCUGGCCCACGUCCACUACAUGCCCGACCACUGGCAGGGCAACGCCAGCCGGUCGGAGACGCGCAGCGAGAUGGCGCAGCUCUUCCAGUACAAGGCAGUCUUCAUCCUGGAGGAGCUGUUGAGCCCCAUCCUCACCCCCCUCAUCCUCAUCUUCGCCCUGCCCUCCCGCGCCCUGGACAUCGUUGACUUCUUCCGCAACUUCACGGUGGAGGUGGUGGGGGUGGGCGACAUCUGCUCCUUCGCCCAGCUCGACGUCCGCAACCACGGCAAUCCUCAGUGGCUGUCGGCCGGGCAGACGGAGGCCUCUGUGUACCAACAAGCGGAGAACGGGAAGACGGAGCUGUCGCUGAUGCACUUCGCCAUCACCAACCCGCGCUGGCAGCCGCCGCCGCCGAGCGAGCUCUUCCUCAGCCACCUGAAGGAGAAGGUGCAGCAGGACGCGGCCGCCGCGCCGCCCGCCCAGCACAUCCUGGCCGAGGGGCCACUGGGCACCUCCCUCCUCUCCGACGACUCGGCGGUGGCGCCGGACGGCUUGCUGGCCAGCGUCCUGGCCCGGCCCAUCCUGUCGGCCAGCGGGCUGGUGUCCCGGGACCGGCGCUUCGUCCAGCCCUGCAGCACCGCCAGCGCCGCCGCCAGCGUCCUGGCCUCCCUGGCGUCCCCCCUGCCCGGGCGGGCGCGCGGCCCCUCCGCCGACAGCCCCGGCUGCCCCAGCGACCGCCUGCGCCCCGAGGAGAGCCUGCUCCUGAGCGAGUCGCGGCUGCGCAGCCUGAGCCGCUCGGCGCUGCUCUCCGAGGUGGCCUCGGCCGAGAUGAGCCUCCACGCCAUCUACCUGCACGAGCUCCACCAGCAGCAGCAGCAGGGCCCCGGGCCCCAGGCCGUGGGGGUGUGGGUGGCCGCGGGGGCACCCAAGCCACCCUCCGUGACCGCAGGUUCGGCUGCCAGGGCCUCGCAAGCUCAGCACAGGGAGAUGCCGCUGGGCGGCUGGGCCGAGGAAGAGGAGGAGGAGGAGGAAGAGGAAGAGCAGACAACAGGCUAGCCGGCCUCGGCUCCAGUGGGGUCCUGGGUGUGCCAAGAGCUCCCGGCGCUGCCGGGCACGGUGCCGGGAGAGCUGCCAGGAGGCGCUGGCUGGGACUGGGUGCAGCGGGGGUCUCGCUGCUGCCCACCAUGCUGCCUGGGGGGCCGGGAUGCAGGGUGGUCUGGCUGGCCCUGCCCGUGUGGGCCCCCUGCUCGGGUGCGUGGCCUUGCUGGUGGCCCCACGGUGCUGCAGGGCCGGGGGCGCUGCUGGGGGCAGCCAGCCCCACCAGGUGCUAUAUUUAUGGGGGGGCUCGGGGCACCCGGGCUGCCCCUUGCCUGUGCUGGUGCCGUCCCCGUUCCUGCUGCCUGCCCGGGCCUCUGCCCCCCGCGGUGCCCUGCCCCGGGCACCGGCCGCACCGAGCCGCCGCGGGAAAUAAAGGUUUACAGAGAG